CCGAAUCCCAACAUCCCGAAUCGUAAACCGAAACCCGUAUCCGCUCCUUGCUCACGCGAAUCUGUUAGAUGCAUUUGCCUCAAGUUUGGCGCCACAAGCAAACGACUUUGAAUUUGUGAUUUCUAACAUUACAUGCAUUUAAUUCACAUGCAAACAGUGCCAACAGAAACAGCAUAAGUUGAUCAUUAUGAGUGCCACUUGGAUGAGAACAUCGGUAAUGACCUGGCUGAUUGGGUUCCUAUGCCUCCUGUGUGUCGCUGCAGUGGCUCAGGCCGGCAGCUCUGGACAGGGAGUGCGAGCGGGAGCUGCGUCAUCUCUGGCCAAGGAUGUGGCACACUUGCACAAGACCAAGCGGCAGGACAGGCGCCAAGGAACGAGUCCUCUGACGGCCGUCAAGCAGUCCAACCAACUGGCCAGAAGCGCUCACGGCCUCAACAAGAAGUUGCUUAGCCAGAUGGGAUUCACGAAGGUGAAGGCGCCCAACAGCCACAACCGGAAGCGCCUGGCGGUUGAGUCACGACGACACGCUGCCCGCGAUGAUUCACACAUGUUUAUCAUCAAAUUGCCGCCAAAUAUGCACUACUAUGCAGGACCCGAUGCGAAGAAUGCUCCGAAUCAUCUUACCAUGGCCAGCGACAAGUCGAGUGGUGGCAACGCACCCAGCAAGAAUGCUCUGACAGCAGCAACAUCAACAGCAACAUCGAGUCAUGAGCAACAUGCGGCAGCAACAUCGGACACCGAGGCGUCGGCGUUGAAAGCUAACGGGAAAAAGGUAUCGUUUCCCUUUAGCUCGAAUGGCAGACCGGGACGCAUCUACCACUGGAAUCUGCCGGUCCUGAAGCAGGCUCUGGCCAAGAAGCCGCACUUUGCGCACGUCUCCGCCGCGGAUCGCAACCGGCUACUGGACAUCGAGAACGUGCCCACCUGGCGCCAUCCAUGGGAGAAUGAGACCGCGGAGAAGGGCUUCAGUGCGGGCGGAGGCAAAUCCAAGUACCGCAAAUCCCUGAAGCCCAAGUCGCCCACCUACUACGCCCCCUCGCAGGCGGUGAGCAAGCAGAGCUUCCACAAAUACUUCGCCGGCAACGGGAAGCCCAAGGGCUUUUACGUCAUCAAGGAGCAUCAGAACAAGCCGCAGUUCUACCAGAACAUUAUCUCGUAAUCUAGGGUACAGUGCAAGUCCGUGGAUGAACCUUGAAAAGACUGCGUGGUGCAGGGUCCUCUAUUUCUAAACUCUUUAAGGGGCUUUGGUCCUCACUUCCGUCCAAUUCCUGCUUGGCGUCCCAACCGAGCUAUGCAUAAUUCAUUCCACCAACUGUCCAACAAUUGGGGGAGGAUAAAGUCUAUUUUUAUAAAACGGCAAACAAUAAAACAAUACAAUAACAGAUUUGGGCAGGAGCAGCCAGGCAGGCCAUCAACCAUAUCAACGUGACACACCGGUGGCAGGUACAUUCCCAGCCCAGACUGCAUCAAUAAAUUAUGUCAAAUAUCAAGCUAG